AUGUUAGAAUCCACGACAGCUUCAAAUCGUACAGUCAGCGCUACUGGCGUAGAUUUGAACAUAACCGAAGUAAAACGAACUCAUCACAACAAUGCGUCUGAAAAACAUUCAACGCUAUUUAAAAAUUUUUCCUUUGAUGAACGUUUGAGAAAUCGAGUCAAACUUUCAGAAGGGUAUAAAAAUAAUUUAUCUUUAGAUGACGAAUGCAGUACUAAUAAUACCAGAAAAUUAAUUAACCACAAAAUGCAUUUGAACAAUAGUUCAACUGAAACAGUUGAUAGAAAAAUGUUGAGAGAAGCAUUAUAUGAAGGUAUAUUUAAAAAGCACAGAAGCGCUAUAUUUGCUUUAGGGAGUUUUGUGCGAAUGUUGAAGAAUAGAAACUCUCAAUAUGAUACUAUUAGAAAUAGUCCAAAUGGUGAUGAUUCCUAG